GCAGAACCUUGAAAAGCUUUUCCCUUUCCCGGUAGCCACAGAUUUGUUAAUCCAGGGGGAAACUCCAAGAAAGGUAUCUGGGGUUGAAUGGAACUUCCUUACUGGUUCGUUGGGAGGAUCAUCAGCAUAAUUUCGAGAGAAUUUCCUGAAUUGGUAUUUGAUUCUUGUGCUUGUACUCGUUUGUGUACGUUACGUUGCGCACCUUGCUCAUGCUGUAACUCUCAAUUUCUUUCCUUUCUGUCUUCAAUUCAACGCCUACUCUCACUUCACAACAAGACGCUCAUUGAACAUCGGCAAAAGAUUGAAUCGAAGGAUUGAGUAUGGAAAAUUGAGAAUUGAGUGAGAAUAUAUAUUGAAUUGGAUCUCUUGCUGCAUUUGACAACUCUGUCUCUCCACUUUCAUCGUCAAAGCUCCUACUAUCUACCGAAGCCGACCUAUCUCGGCGCAAAUCAAAACAAGGAAGGUAGAGAGAGAUACUAAGGACAACGACAACAUAUGUGGAGAGGGGCUGAAUAUAUACGGGCUUCAUAGCUCGUUCGAUCCAUUCCAGAAUUAACGAAGUCAUGGCCUCAUCUUAUGCGUUGCCGGCUUCAGCAAUUACCAAUGGUCACCUUGGACAUGGACAUGGACAUUCUCAUUCCCAUUCAUCCUCACAUUCAAGCAGGUCCUCGCAAUACUCUGCAAGCAGGUCGAGACCAUCGAAUCAAUCAAUCUCAAGUCCACAUAGCCAUUCGCACGAUCAUUCCGAAACUCUCCAUGAGCAUGAACAUGAACAUGAACAUGAACACGAAAAUGAACACAAUCAUGGCCACUCUGACUCCCACUCUCAUUCGCAUGCCCAUGCGCACAAUCACAGCCAUGAUAACUCAACAUCAUACCUGCCGUCACCGCCAUAUAGUGAAGCGACUCCCAUGUCUGCCACCUUCGAGAAAGAAGCAUAUGGGACCUACGAACCUCCGAUGAACGACGUACAUGUUGACACCCAUCACCAUCAUGAUCAUGACCGCCACAACCAUUCGCAUGGUACGACAACCGAAACGAAAUCACGAUUUACUAGUUUGAUACUGCCAUACGCAUCCAAAUGGCCUCUUUUCCAUGCAAUUUUGGCGAGUAAGGACUCGAGGAGGAUCUUUUAUUUUAUGAGUCUUAAUUUUGCCUUUAUGAUCGUUCAAGCAUUUUACGGAUUCGUUACAGAUUCCCUUGGUCUAUUGAGCGAUAGUAUACAUAUGUUUUUCGACUGCUUAGCACUUGGAGUGGGAUUGUUCGCUGCGGUUGCAAGUAAAUGGCCACCGAGUCAAAGAUUCCCAUACGGAUUUGGAAAGAUUGAGAGUUUGUCGGGAUUUGGUAAUGGAGUAUUUCUCAUACUCAUUAGCAUUGAGAUUAUGAUAGAAGCGACGGAACGAUUAGCAGAAGGACGAGAAACAAAACGAUUGAUGGAACUUUUUGUUGUCAGUUCUUUGGGAUUGGCAGUUAACUUAGUCGGCAUGGCCUGCUUCGGUCAUCAUCAUCACGGACACGACCACGGCGAUCAUGAUCAUGGGCAUGAUCAUAGCAAUUCGCAUGGCCAUUCUCAUUCCCACUCUCACGACUCUCACUCCCAUGACUCUCAUUCCCACUCUGGAUCUUGCGAUCACGGUCAUAAGAAACAGCCCUCAAUUCUACACGAUGACCAUUCACAUUCACAUUCACACGGUGGCCAUUCGCAUGACAACGAAAACAUGAGAGGCAUCUUUCUUCAUGUGCUUGCAGAUACAAUGGGCAGUGCUGCAGUCAUUGUCUCUACUGUGUUAAUAUACUUUGUUGGAUGGUCAGGCUGGGAUCCUCUCGCAUCUUGUCUCAUCGCAAUUCUCAUUUUCCUUUCCUCAAUUCCUCUUGUCAAAAGUAGUGCGAAAAAACUACUUUUAACAGUUCCUGAUGAUACCGAAUACAAUUUACGAAACACCUUGGCUGGUGUAAGUGAUUUACGUGGAGUUCAAGCCUACACCGUUCCAAAGUUCUGGCUAGGCGAUAAAAAUCAAACAGUAUUGGGAGUCAUGCAUGUUGUUGUGACCAGAGGAUCAGAUCUUGAAGAUGUUUUAACGAGAACGAGAGCAUUUCUUUUAAGUAAAGGUGUGGAUGUGGUGGUACAAGUUGAGAAAGAUGGAGACGGUAGUUGUUGGUGUGGAGGAGCGGGUAAUAGCAGUCGAUCGAACACAAAUUCGAGAUUUUCCUAGUUGCUCAAGAUUUAUGGGUAGGAAUUCUUUCAUGGAAGAAACACGGAAUGACGAUAGGAUUGAAUUAGGAUAUUGAUGAAUUGAUGGAUACUUUUAUAGCAGAAAAGACGUGUACAUGCAAAUAGCAUUUAGAUCAUACUAGCAGUACUUUGUAGAGUUGGAAUGGAACGAUACCAUGUAUAUCUUCUACCCUCGGAGCAAGAUAUAUCGAGAACCUUAAACGC